GGAUUUUAUGGAAUGUGGAAUGUUUGGGCAAAGGGUGAAGCGUUCAUGUGGGUGAGCCAGGCCUGCUAGUAGGAGCUGUGUGGGUAGCCAUGACUUAAUAUCUCAGCCUAACCCACUUCACAGGUUUGUUCCGAGUGUAAAAUGGGGGCGGGGAUAGAACCUUGUAUGCCACUUUGAGCUCCUUGGAGAAGGAACAAUAUAAAAAUAUAAUAAUACAGGAAGAACUGGGGUCUUCUGGGAGUAUUGGGACCACUUCAUAUAUUACAAUUUCAGGUACAUGUUUAAGAUGCUUUAAUUGUACAUCUAAGAAUGUGAGGUGUGAUCAAGAAAAGUGUGUUACAUAUCAUACAGGUACAUUCAGCCCAGAUUUCCUGUAACUGUUGAAUAUACUCUUCUUGGCAAUCCUGGGAUUUGCCUCUGUGUAAAAUGGCUUUUGAACUGUAAGAGGUAUGAACACAAAUUCUUGCCCAACUCUUGAAUUCUACCACUGCUGCCACCAGCAUCCAGAGCAGAGGGUUUAGUCUAUAACCCACAUUAAAAAAUUUCUACAUUUAUAUCACAGCUUUCAUCCAUCAUGUGUGUACAUGAAGAUUCCAGAUGGUCAUUCAGACCUGCUUAGCUUUAGCAAGGUGGUGGCCUUGUGUGCCUUCCCAUGGUACCCUAGGAACUGCAACCUGGCCAGUUUUAAGCUGGCUAUUCUAAGCUCUUUCCCACCCGAACAGUUUUCCUUUCUCUUGAUGGUUUUAGUGUGGCCUCUAUAAGAAACAGAAAAAAGCAAUUUGCAUACAGUGAAAUGGCUUAUAUUUUAUGCACAUGAUUAAGUGCCUGGGUAUAUAUCUCUCCGCUGCCUCUUUGGUAUAGGUGGCUAAGCAUAGGGCUAAUCCAGUUGCUGAUACUACCCAAUAGGUCCGAUGUCCAUGGAAAACCAGCCCACUCUGGUUGCACCUCUGCUCAGUCAUGCCUUUUACCUCUUGGCACUGGGGGGCUGGUUACUGGGCAAGCCAAGUUAAUAGCUAACAGGCUGAGCAGUUGUGGCCUGGAAUGGCCAAAGGUGGAAGUUCAGAUGAGUAUGGCCAGUGAAGGGCGAAAACAAAGGAAGGGGAGGAGCUGGAGAUAUACCCUGUUGCUAGGUCGCUUUCUUGCACAAAGGAAGAGACUGACAGCAUGAACAAAGCCAACAAGGCUUCCCAAAGCAUCCUUCCUCAUGCUUGUGCAGGGCCAAAAUUGCCUCCCUGGCCCCUCAGUUGCUUGUUGGCCUUGCAGCAUCUCUUGGUCCAGGUAUCUUUUCUUUGCAUCUUUCACUUUCUCUUCAUCACCACCCUCCCCUACAAGGAACUGAAUGGCACUCCACGUUGGGAUGAACUAUUAGCGUGCAACCUCUUUGCCUGUGGCAUCUCCACAGCCUUACAGUGCAGUCUGGGAACGAGGUUGCCACUGGUUCAGGCUUCAUCUUUUGAGUUCCUUAUCCCAGCCAUGAUACUGACCCAACAUAUGGCUCCCAUUCACCAGUCGAAAGGAAAUAGCACUGAGGCCCCUGAUAUAUGUGCUGGGUCAAAUUGUGAAAAUUCAAGAAACUGGGAUCAGUUUUGCCAUGAGGUGUCUGGUGCAGUGUUGAUCUCGGCCCUGGUGCAGAUGGCGCUGGGAGUGUCAGGUGCCUGUGGGUGGGUUGCCCAUCGCUGUGGGCCCAUGGUUCUGGCCCCAAGCCUUUCUGUCAUUGGACUUUCAGCAUACAGGCCUGCUGCUCUUCUCUGCUCUGAAAACUGGGGAGUUGCUCUGCUGUUUGUGUUGCUGGCUAUUUUGCUAUCCCAGCAUCUGGCUUCCUGCCGAUUGCCCAUCUGCCAGUGGAACCAAGCAAGAAGAUUCUCUCUAAAAUUGAGUGGCCCAGCACUGCACUUGUUUUCGAUUUUGCUGCCCUUCUCUGGGAUCUGGCUUGUCUGUGGGAUUCUGAGAUCUGUUCCAAACGCUUGGGAUAUGUUGCAUCCUUCCACACGCCACUUAACCCUCACCAACAGCACCCUGCAGUCCCCAUGGCUCAAGGUGCCUUACCCAGGUGAGCAAGGCUGGCCAGUACUUAGUACCCGUGCAACUGCCAUUGGUGCUGCCAUGGGUGUUACAGCAAGUGUGAAUUCUGUAGGCUGCUAUCUGCUAUGCAGCAAGGCACUAAGGGAUCCACCCCCACUACAGCAUUCAUGCAACAGAGGGCUCUGUACUGAGGGCCUUGGCACCCUCCUGUCAGCUCUGCUGGGGAGUGUAUCUGGAACUGCAUCUAGCAUGCCCAAUGCUUGUGCCAGCAGUCUGACCCAGGCUACCUCAUUCCGCACAGUGUGGAUCAGUGCCUUGGCGUGUGUACUUUUGGGCCUGUCUCCCCGGCUCAUGGGAAUUCUUACCACCAUCCCUCUGGGAAUUCAUGGAGGAGUGCUCUGUGUGACAUACAGCGUGGCUGUGGGCACCGGCGUCUCUUACUUUCAAUACACAAACAUUGACUCCGGCAGGAACAUCUUCAUUGUGGGCUUCACCAUGUUCAUGGGAUUGUUGGUUCCGAAGUGGCUCUUGACUGCACCAGGGUCCCUGGCCACAGGUUGUGUCCCUGCAGACCUUUUCUUUCUCUCUCUGCUGAUGGUUCCUGCCUUCAUAACUGGAUUCCUAUCCUUCUUCUUGGAGAACACAGUCUCAGGCACCUUGCAAGAGCGGGGACUGCUCAACCUCUCAUCGUCAAGCAAACCAGAGGCCGGAGAGAAUAACCUGCAACAAAGCAGAAAGAAUUCUGCACAAAGAGAUAAGUUGCCUCUAAUCCUACGAAAGCAUCUGCUACCUUCAUGGUGUAAGGGAUUUCCUUUUUGUUUUCUCUGCCCAUUGGGGGACGACAAAGACAAGAUUGUGAACAUUUACCCGCUGGAAGAAUUGCACCGUUCUGAAAGAGAAACCACAGAUCUACUGCUUAAACCAGAGACAGUGAAGCUGGAGUCAGAACUGGAGCUGGAGACAGUGCAGGAGCCUGGCAUUACACAAACGAAUUUGGAGAACCAUAAAUGUGGCAAACCAAUUGCUGAUAUGAUGGCCCCUCUAUGCUGAUCUAGAGAUAGAAAUAUUAUUGGAGGACAAGUACUCAAAACUCUUUUCAAAGUAGUCUGGUUUGAGACAAUUCUGGAAAUAAACCUAGAGACUACAU